AUGACCCGCGCCACCAACUUUACGGAGCUCUAUGCGGGCAAGGGCAUCCUGGAGACGUACAUGAUCGCCGAGAAGAUUACGCGAUAUUUCACCCGGGAUUUGAUCGAACUCUCAGGGUUGUUAGAGUCGGAAUUGAGUCCGUUGAAGCUACUCGAUCUGGCCUGCGGCACUGGCGUGGUGUCCGAAAGGCUUCAUGAGAUGCUGGCAAGCAAGGCCUCAACUAGCUGGGAGUUGAUCUGUGGCGACAUCUCAGCCGAGUUGACGGGUCAUGUCAAGCGGAAGAUCAUCGAGGAAGGCUGGACCAAUUCAAGUGCCCGGGUGAUGGACGCGCAGAACACCGAGCUAGCUACCGCGGAGUUGACCCAUGUGUUUGCGGCUUUGGAUUCCCUCCGCAUUCUUCGUCCAGGUGGCACUUUGACCAUCUCGACUUGGCAGAAAACGGAGUGGCUCGGCGUCCUCGAAGCGGCCGUCAAAACCAUUCCAACUCGCCUGCCCUUCCCAACCACAAAGGAAUUCAUGUCGUGCAUGAACCCCGGCUGGGACGACGAGAACUAUGUCCGCGGCCGUCUCGAGGAGGCAGGUUUUGUCCACGUGUACUCGACAACCAUCUCCAAGGAAUUCCAGAUCUCGACGGCCGAUUUAUACAAAAUUGCGGCACCGGUGAUUCCGAUCAUUGUCAGUAAGUGGUGGACCACCGAGCAAAAAGAGGCCCAUGAGCACGAGAUUCUUCCUGCCCUUGCGAAGCAUCUCGAAGCAACGUACGGGGAAACGGGGCUAGUGCCGCAGAAAUGGACGGCAGUAUUUGCCAAAGGAGAGAAGGAGAAGCGAUGCGAUACAGUGUGA